AAAUUAAAGACAAUUCUGAUUUACUAAGCAAGUACCAUAAAGGAUUCUUUAUGAACGGGAAGUUUCUCUGUUGCAACCAGACCUGUAAAGGAGCCCCUGGAUGUACAAUUUGGGAGAAAUAUGUGACUUUGUGUUGUACAGCCGGGUCUGUGAAACCACUGCCUCCAGCCCCUCAAACGCUGCAGAAGCAUAGAAACCUGCCUCAAGUGCUGUCACCAGACAGGUCAGUCCUGAAUAUGGCUGUGGCCCAAUACAACUAUGAUCCCAAGAGAAAUUCAGCUAUCCGUCUUGUCAGAAGCAAUAAAUACUAUGUAUUGCAAGAGGAAGAUUCUGACUGGUGGAAAGUAGGGGAUUUGGAAGGGAAUGAAGGUUUCGUACCAAGCACUUACUUGAGAAAGUUAUCUCUGAAUGAUGAUGAGCCAAGGGGAAACUCCAGUGUCAGUGAACAGACAAUGGCAGAGGAGCAGAGUAUUGCUGAGCAUGAUUGGUAUGCUGGUAAUAUCUCCCAUGCCCAGUCUGAGCAGCUGCUCCAUCAGAAGGGGAAAGAAGGUGCUUUUAUGGUUCGGAAAUCUAGCCAAGCAGGAAGGUAUACUGUGUCUGUAUUCAGCAAAGCUUCUGAAAGUAAAAAAGGAACAGUCAAACAUUACCAUAUUUACAAAACCCCUGAUAACAAGUAUUACCUCGAUGAAAAUUACUGGUUUGAAUCAAUUCCCAACCUUAUAUACUACCAUCAGCACAACUCGGCCGGUAUGGUGACAAGACUCCGGCAUGCCGUGUCUACACAAGUAAACAAAGUCCCAUCCACAGCUACAUUAGGAAAUGGAAUCUGGGAGCUGAAACGAGAAGAAAUUCUCCUGUUGAGAGAACUAGGGAGUGGUCAGUUUGGAGUGGUGUAUCUGGGGAAGUGGAAGCGACAAUAUGAAGUGGCCAUAAAGAUGAUUAAAGAGGGAGCAAUGUCAGAAGAUGAAUUCAUAGAAGAAGCUCAGACCAUGAUGAAACUUAAUCAUCCCAAACUUGUUAGACUGUAUGGUGUAUGCUCAAAAUCAUAUCCCAUCUAUCUUGUUAUGGAACACAUGCCUAAUGGCUGUUUGCUUAGCUACUUACGGAGUCACGGGAAGGAACUACAACCCCUUCAGCUUCUGGAAAUAUGUUAUGAUGUUUGUGAUGCUAUGGCAUAUCUGGAGAGCUGCCAGUUCAUACAUAGAGAUUUG